AUGUCCGAGCAAGUAAAGUGGUCGUUGAAGCGUCGCUCCUUGAUGGUGUCGCUAGGACGCUAUGAGAAGUUCGUAAAGGAUUUUGUGGAAGAGCGCGAUGUCGCUCAAGUGGCGUUGAGAUUGGAACGGUUUAAAACGUUGUGGUCCGAUCUUGACGAAGUGCAGUUGCAGCUUGAAGAGAGUGCAACCGAAGAAAGUGCAGUGGUCUGCAACCAGGAAACGCGAGCUGAAUACGAGGACAUUUGUUUUAGAGUGCAGUCGGAAUUAGAAAAUAAAGUGCCCGCCGUUAGUAGUGUCAUCGAACCGGCAACCAGAGCCGCUAAAGCAUUAACGGGUUUGAAACUCCCGACGAUAUCCCUACCGGAGUUUAGUGGUGAUUUUAUGCAGUGGCUGCCGUUCCGGAACACCUAUGAAGGCUUGAUACACGACAACACGGAGGUACCCAAAAUACAGAAAUUUCAUUAUCUAAGGGCCGCGCUAAAAGGUGAAGCCGCGCAAAUCAUAGAAUCCAUAUCGCUCAGCGCCGACAAUUACGAUUUAGCGUGGGAUUCAGUGGUGCAACGGUAUUCAAAUGAAUAUCUGUUGAAGCGUCGGCAUUUUGCGGCAUUGUUCGCCACCCCUGCGAUAAUGGAAGAGACAGCCAUAACGCUUCACAUGAUGGUGGAUGAAUUCGAGCGUCAUAAGAAAACGCUGGGGCAGCUCGGAGAGCCAAUCCAGCAUUGGGGCGGAUUACUGGAACAUCUACUUACCACAAAAUUGCCGAUGGAAACCUUGCGUGAAUGGGAGAAUUUUGCGACCACAGCUGACAAUCCAGAUUACGAUUCCUUAGUGGAAUUUCUGCGCAGGAGAAUGCGCAUGUUAGAAUCGCUAAUGGUGACGCAAGAGCAGGCCGCAGCCAUAUCAUCCCAGCGACAGCCAUCGCGGCGUACCGCUUGCGCAAGAAUGGCUACCUUCUCAGCGACCACCAGAACGAAUGGCUGUGUGAUAUGCAAGCAGGACCAUGGAGUGGCCAUGUGUCCCCGGUUUCAUGAGAUGCCCAUCGUGAACCGGAAGAGAUUGGUGCAAGCGUCUCGGCUUUGCAACAAUUGUCUGAAGCAAAACCAUUUUGCUCGAGAGUGUACGGCUAGAGGCAGAUGCCGGCAAUGCGGUCAGCGCCAUCAUUCCUUGUUGCACGCUGACCCCCCUAGUGAGCGUUCUAACACUUCUGCGAUUCCGUCGAAAACCACGCCGCCCCAGCCUGCAGCAGGAGCGUAUGCCAGUGGAUCAGCGACACCAGAAGUGUCCAGGACGCAGCAGAGUUUAGUGGCUGCUGCAGGUGCAACUGCGCACGAUAUGGUGUUUUUGCAAACGGCAUUAGUUAGCGUGUUGGACGCUUUUGGACAGCCGCACCAUGUUCGUGCCCUUUUGGAUAGCGCCUCCCAGCCGAACAUAAUGACAAGUCGAUUGGCACGCAUGCUUAACUUGCGAAGGUCGACAGUAAGCAUUUCACUGGAGGGUGCUGGAGGUGCAGCCAUCGCAGUGAAAGAGAGCGUAUCAGCAGAAAUACGUUCCAGGAGCAGUGAUUACGCGGCUCGUGUGGAUUUUCUUGUCAUGGACAAAAUGUUGUCCAAUCUGCCGUCGCGUAGUGUCGACAUCUCUGCGUGGAAUAUUCCUAGUGGAAUAAUCUUGGCGGACCCCACGUUCCACACAGCACAGCCGAUCGAUCUAAUCAUUGGCGCUAAACAUUACCACACGCUGUUUACAUCGACAAAUCGAUUACAAAGAGGUGACGAUUUUCCUGUGAUGCUGGACAGCGUCUUUGGAUGGGUGGUAACGGGUGCUGCUUCAUCAUGCGAAACCUUAGGACCAGCGAUUACUGUUGCCGCGUGUAUGGUUUCCCUUGAACAGCAGUUGGAGCGUUUCUGGAAGAGUGAAGAAUUGUGCCUAAAUCAUUCUUACUCGACAGAAGAGAGCUAUUGUGAAGAGUUCUACAAACAAACCACGACCAGAGACUCCAGCGGUAGAUACAUCGUGCGCCUGCCCAAGAAACCCGGAUUCGAUGCAAUGUUAGGCGCAUCGAAGGAAUGUGCGAUGAAACGAUUUGCGCAGUUGGAGAAACGAUUUCAUCGUGAUGUCCGCCUGAAAGAAGGGUACCAUCAAUUUGUGCGCGAAUACCUAGAGCUGGGACACAUGGAGCGUACCAAGAAGAAACAAGAGCAGCCAGCAACUGUAUAUUACCUGCCACAUCAUGCGUUCUUCAAAGAAUCGAGCGCCACGACUAAGCUGCGAGUGGUUUUUGAUGGAUCGGCAAAAACAUCAACGGGGCACUCUCUCAACGAUGCACUGUGCACUGGACCCGUCGUGCAAGACGACCUGCUGAACAUCAUACUGCGGUUCAGGACUUAUCGAGUAGCAUUGGUUGGAGAUAUCGCCAAAAUGUACAGGCAGGUAAUGGUACAUAAAGAUGAUCGUUGUUUUCUUCGAGUAUUUUUUAGAUGGGGCAGCGAUGCACCACUGGACACGUAUGAGCUUUCCACCGUAACAUACGGGCUGUCUCCAUCUUCGUUUUUGGCAACCCGUACGCUGCUGCAACUUGCCGACGAUGAAGGAAAAGCUUACCCAUUGGCCGAAACCGCUAUCCGGAGAAGCUUUUACGUCGAUGACCUUAUCGGCGGUGCUAGUAACGUUGAUGAGGCCGUAAAACUGCGUAAAGAACUCGGUGAGCUUAUGUCCAAGGGAGGUUUCGAUUUGCGUAAGUGGACGUCUAACCAUUUAGAAGUGCUCGAAGGGCUGUCAGAAGAGCUCAUAGGAACGCAAUCUGUCAGGGAAUUUAUGCCACAUGAAACGGUUAAAGCUCUCGGGAUCGCCUGGAAACCAGAGCUUGAUGUGUUGUGUUUCGGUGCGUUUCAGAUGUCGCAUAGUAGUCAGCCAACUAAGCGCAGUAUGUUGUCGGAUAUAGCGCGUUUAUUCGAUCCGCUAGGGAUCAUAGCACCAGUAGUGAUCACCGGCAAAAUCCUUAUGCAACACUUGUGGCAAGUAUCGUGCGGAUGGGACGAACCCUUAGAGGAACCAGUGAGAGUUAGGUGGAAUCAGUUCGCUAGGCAAAUACCGUUGUUAGAAGGAUAUGCGCUUGAACGAUACGCGUUUUUGCCGAAUGCCGUAGUCGAACUUCACACUUUCAGCGAUGCCUCGGAAGCUGCGUAUGGUGCAUGUAUUUACGCACGCUGUAAAGACGAAAAGGGAAACGUUAGCGUAUCGUUAUUGGCUUCCAAAUCUCGCGUAGCACCUCUGAAGCGAUUAACCUUACCGCGUUUGGAGUUGAAUGCAGCUGUUUUGGGCGCACAUUUGCAUGAUCGAGUCCAGAAAGCACUUCGCAUUGACGUCGUUAAGUCAUGGUUCUGGUCGGACUCAAGCAUCACGUUGCAAUGGAUCGCUUCACAACCGAACGCAUGGAAAACGUACGUGGCUAAUCGAGUAGCCGAAAUACAGCAUUUCACUCGUGACGGAGUUUGGAGGCAUAUAGCGGGCUCGGAAAACCCAGCGGAUCUGGUUUCGCGUGGCAUGUCUGUUCCGGAGUUCGUUGAGAGCAAACUAUGGCGUAAUGGUCCCACUUGGUUGGUAUCACCGAAGCACACGUGGCCAACAUCGAAUCCACCUCAAACAUGUGAGGCAGAAAUGGAAAAGCGACUAACUACAGCCACUAUGACGACAACAAUACCAGUGCACCCUUGGUUCGAGCGUUAUUCGUCCUUUAGAAGAUUGGUACGAGUAAUUGCACAAUGUCGGAGGUUUAUAUUGAACCUAAAAGAGAAGACUCGAACCAACGCGUCCAACAUGGAAGAGCGGUUGAAUGGACAUUUGUCACCAGAUUUGCUGCAGAAGGCAGAAAUCGAUCUUGCGAGAUUGGCUCAGCAAGAUGCAUUCAACGCUGAAAUAACACUGCUGAAAAAAGGAAAGCAGUUAGCAAAAAACUCACCGUUAAGAAGACUAAACCCUUUCCUUGAUGAGGAUGAACUAUUGCGAGUUGGAGGACGACUGAAACUGUCUCAACUCCCUUAUCAGGCCAAGCAUCCAGUAUUGCUGCCAAAAAAGCAUCCGCUUGCACUACGAAUAGGAGAGCAUUUACAUGUGAAUCUGAUACAUGGUGGAGGAAGAUUACUCCUAUCGCACUUACGUGAAAAAUAUUGGCCACUGGAUGGAAGACACUUGGUAAAAGGAAUAGUGCGACAUUGUUUCCGUUGCGCACGGUUGCAACCAACACUGGCACAGCAACAAAUCGGGCAGCUGCCCACAUCCCGAACAACUCCUAGUCGACCGUUUUCGGUAACUGGUGUCGAUUACGCAGGACCACUGUACCUGAAGCCCGUGCAUAAGAGAGCAGGAUCACUGAAGGCGUACUUGUGCGUAUUCGUGUGUUUUGCAACGAAGGCCGUUCAUCUGGAGCUUGUAAGCGAUCUAACUACGAACGGAUUCAUGGCUGCACUUCAUCGAUUUACGUCUCGGCGAGGUUUGCCUGCCCACCUGCAUUCCGACAACGGGAGGAACUUUGAGGGUGCCAAAAACGAGCUGAUAGAGCUGUUUGAAAUGUUCCGGGAUGAGCAGAAGCAGAGCCUCAUAGCUGCAAACUGUGCCGAGAGCGGAAUAACUUGGCAUCUUACACCACCCAAGGCGCCACAUUUUGGUGGGCUAUGGGAGGCGGCGGUGAAAACGGCAAAACGGCAUCUGUAUCGACAACUAGGCAACACCAAGCUAAGCUUCGAAGGUUAUUGCACGGUGCUACACCAAAUCGAAGCAGUCAUGAACUCUCGUCCGCUGCUGCCGAUGUCGGAAGAUCCCAACGAUCUAGCAGCGUUAACCCCGGCACAUUUCCUCAUUGGAUCGUCAUUGUUAUCCGUACCGGAGCCGAAUUACACGAACUUAAAGCCAUACGGACUGAGCGAGCUGCAAAAACAACAAGUGAUAGUACAGCAAUUCUGGAAGCAUUGGAGGAUGGAAUACUUGCAGGAGUUACAAAAGGACACGAGAAUCGCAGCACGUAACGACGAUUUAGUACCGGGUAGGAUGGUCAUUCUGAUGGAUGAUUUGCUACCAACUACGCGCUGGCCGUUAGCCCGAAUCGUGAAGCUGCACACCGGUGCUGAUAAAAUGACGCGGGUAGUAACAUUGCGCACCGCACGCGGAGAAAUCGUUAGACCUAUCACUAAGAUAGCAAUAUUACCGAUGGCAUUGUCUGAGUGA